AAUGAAUCAAAGUCGCAAAUAGUAGAGUCUCCAAAAAUCAAAGACUUAAAAUAUUUAAAUAGAAAAGAAGCAAAUUCGAUCUAAGCAUUAAGAGAAAACAUACUCAAAAGCAAUUCACCCCUCGAACUUAUAAUCAAAACCUUUUUCUUUAAAAAAUUUAGAUUUAGCCUUACCUGACAAGUAUUCAUAUAGAUUAAUUUACUUAGUUCCAUAUCUUAGACAAAUAAUUCAUUUUAAGAUGAUAAGAGUUGUUGCUGUAUAGAUUGUGGUAAGUUAAGUAAGAAGGUCAGAAAUUUACAGAAGAGAUUCACAGUGUUUAGGACAGAAAUGUAAGUUUUGAAAAGGUAAAGAUUACUUAAGAGAUUUCAAAAUGCUGUUCGUUGCAUUAUAUUUCUCAAAGAAAAAUGGAAGAAAAUAAGAUAAUAAGAAAGAGCUAAAAGGUUAUUUAGGUUUAAAACAAAAAUUUUUGAGAAUUAGCCUUUCUUUUAAUCUUAAACACCAUCUAAUUAAGCAUAAUUAUUAUUUCUUAAUUCCUAACUUCAGAGCGAAGAAAGAUAAACAAUAAAUUCAUAAUUAUAAUCUAUUUAAGUUAAAAUAUUUGAUUAAAAGAACAAAUAAAGAUAAUCAGUAAAGUUAUAUUUAUAAUAAAAACUGAAUAUUAAAAAUGAGGAAUAGGGAUUGCUUCCUAAAUUAGAUUCUAAUAGAUAAACUAAUUCAAUAUCCAGUUCAAUAUUCAGACCUAUUAGAAUACUUAAAACUUUAGGGGAUGAGCAAAAAUCACUACAGAAAGAAUAAAAUUUAUCAACUUAAAAUCCAUCAGUAGCUCAGUCUCCAUAUCUUAGCCAUUUGAGUGUAUAUAAAUAAUAAGAUUCAUAAUUCUAAGUAAUCAAAUCGCCAAGAUAAGUGAUUAAAAGUUUUGCUUCAGAGACAUUUUAUCCUUAAAAUACUUAGAAACAUGAUUAAAGAAAAAUAAUGGUUCAAAAACUAAAAAGAAUAGAAUGA